CAUGCCCUUGCACUGUCAAGGGCAAUGUUGAGACUGAUGACGUUUGUUACCGUCAAACUGAAAAUCUCUUUUUUUUCCUCCAACCAAACAGACGGUAUGACUAAAAAUCAACACUGAUACAUUUCUCACAGGUGCGGUAAACGGCACACGCUGCAUUCUUCAAAGGUCCCGGCUACCCGCUCUCAGAUCAACACCCGCGGUCCUCUGUGCUGGUCUGACCGCGGUCUCUCUGGCUACACGAAGAGGGGACAGAAAUGAACGGCACUCAUAACGCCACGUUGCUGACCACGCCCCCUGACCUGGUGCUCUCCAUCAAUGUGCCCUACAUGGUGGCCGAGCUGGUGAUCGCCGCCCUCUCCACCGUGGGCAACCUGCUGGUCUGCCUGGCCGUGGGGCUCAACAGGAAGAUGCACACCGUCACAAACUACUUCCUGGUGUCGCUGGCCGUGGCGGACGCGUGCGUGGGCGGGGUGGCCAUCCCUUGCGCCAUCCUGACGGACAUGGGCAUCCCCCGGCACAACCUGUACCCGUGUUUGCUUAUGCUGUCCGUGCUCAUCAUGCUCACCGAGAGCUCCAUCUUCAGCCUGCUGGCCGUGGCUGUGGACCGCUACCUCGCCAUCUUCCUGCCCUUCCGCUACCCUACCCUGAUGACGCCCCGCAACGCCCUCCUGGUCAUCCUGGUCACCUGGGUCCUGUCCUUCCUCAUUGGCCUAGUGCCGCUCAUGGGCUGGCACAAGACCCCGCCCGAGUCCGGCUACUGCUUCUUCGUCUUUGUGGUGGACAUGACCUACAUGGUCUACUUCAACUUCUUCGGCUGCGUGCUGGCGCCGCUGGUGAUCAUGUUCCUGAUCUACGCGCGGAUCUUCGCCACGGUGAAGCGGCAGGCCAGGCGGAUCGCGGCCGACCGGGGGCAGGGGGAGGCACAAGCCCGACGGGCCGCCAGCAUGCGCACCGAGGCCAAGACCGCCGCCUCGCUCUUCCUGGUGCUCUUCCUCUUCACCGUCUGCUGGAUCCCACUGCACAUCAUCAACUGCUUCCUGCUGCUGUGCCCGAGCUGCCCCGUGCCCCUCCCCCUCCUGCUGACCGCCAUCAUCCUCUCCCACGCCAACUCCGCCGUCAACCCCUUCCUUUACGCCUACAAGAUGAAGUCCUUCCGGCGCUCUUUCAAGGCCAUCUUCCUCUGCUGCAGGGUUGAGAUGGACCAGGACGACAGGAUAGAAGAUGGGGACACUACCACCCACAAGUCCUGACCAAUGAGUGUGUGCAUAGUUAUCUAAUCCUGUGAGACCACUUGCUAUUCACUAGAGGUGGGUGGUAUACUGGUAUUAAUGUGAAUACUGGUAUGACAAUGCCACAGUAUGGAUUUUACCAUAUUGUGGAUAACCAGAAAAGUGCUGUUAAAAAUUAUAUUGUGGCACUUUUGUGGUAAUACGAUUAUUUAAAACACAGGAC